AUGUCCACCAAAACUCAAUCUCGCGGAUCCUCACCCAGCAUGUCUGCUCGACCCAAACUCAUGAGAGCACAUGCCACAGCGCCUUCCCUCGUCACCGGCAAUGCCUCGCGUAAGGAUCUCGCUACGCUCCAUGCUUCCACCAAAGCGGCGUCGAUUCUCACGCGGGUGGCUAGCUACUCGGCUCAGCAGGAUCACAUGAAUGGAGGGGCUUCGAGGAGAGACAGCGGGAGUGCGUACUCGACGCCUGGAAAUCGCAGUCCUCGGAGUCCGGAGAGUGGCAGUGGAUUGGCGAGGAGCUGUAAGCAGGAAUUGGGGAUGAAGGGGUGCUCGGGUGGUUUUCAGUCAGCGGGCUACUUUAGCUUUCCCUCGUUUGAAGAUUUUCAAGGAUACCAAGAACCAAAUGAGAGGAUGGAACGAAAGAGCGUCUCAUGA